AUGGCAAAUGAUAUAGAAAGCAGUAAAAGCACCUGUUCAGAGAUUGAAACUUCGGAUAGUGUUACAGAAGAUUACGAGUGCAAAGCUAUUGUUGAGGCAUUGAACACUGCAGCAAAGCUUCGCAUUGAUUCACUAUGGUCUGCUAAGUGGUGCAUUUUCAGAGUCCCCAAAGUGCUUCAGAGGCAUAAACCUGAGGCAUAUAGACCUCAUGUUGUCUCAAUCGGUCCCUUCCACCACAGAGGUGAACAAUUUCAACCCAUUCAAGCUGUGAAGCAAUGGUAUUUACAUAACCUUCUCUCACUCCGGAACAUGAGUUUGAAAACAUUGAUCCAAGGCAUUGAUAAUAUCUCUGAGUUUGAGAAACGUGCUCGUGAAUGUUAUGCAGAACCACUUGACCUUAACCACGAUGAAUUCAUAGAAAUGAUGGUAAUUGAUGGUUGCUUCCUGAUAGAACUAUUUCGGAAACAUUUCUAUUGGUCAUAUAGGAAGGUCAUUAAGAAAGAUCUAGUUCCAGCUGAAGAACUAAAUAUCGACAAGGACCCUAUAUUCAACAUGGAUUGCAUGCUCCAAUAUAUUUUUCAAGACCUUAUGCUACUAGAAAAUCAGUUACCUUGGUUUGUUCUUGAGUGUUUAUUUGGUCUUACCAUGGAAAAACACGUCAGCUAUUCUCUCAAUGAACUUGUGCUUGUUGCCUUUAGGUCACAGCGAUCACUGGCAUGUAAUCUGGAGUUCUAUCUUCGUCACACUAAUGAUGAUGACGGUGAUGAAGUUUUGCACAUACUUGAUCUGGUAAGAUCUGCAACAACUUAUGGAUUCAAAAACCGUGAGCUAAUAACCAGCUCAGAGUUAAUAUUGCCUCCUGCAACUCUUCUCUCAAAGGCAGGUAUUAAAUUCAUAGAGAGCACUGAUUGUGGCAUAAUGGACAUGGAUUUCAAAGAUGGUGUUUUUGCUAUUCCACAACUGUCCAUUAUAGAGUCCACAGAACCAUUGUUGAGGAACCUCAUUGCCUUUGAGCAAUGUUGUCAGGGUCGCUCUCCGAAAGUGACAUCUUAUGUUAGUAUAAUGAACAGCCUCAUCACUACCAGCAAAGAUAUGGAUCUUCUUUGUAGGAAAGGUAUAAUCCGGCACUAUGAUCCCAUGUUCUUCAACAAGCUUCUCAAUGAUACGAAACUCAACAAUUUCUACUUCACUGGACUGUGUAAUGAAGUGAACAAACAUUAUAUUGUUUCAUGGAACAAGUGGCUAGAAAAGUUGAAGCGAGAUUACUUCUCCAACCCAUGGGCAAUCACUUCUUUGGUUGCAGCCUCCAUCUUUCUGGUUCUGACCUUAUUGCAGACCACAUAUACCAUUCGGCAAUACUAUUCUCCUCGCUAG